AUGACUCGUGCAGCAGAUCCCUAUUAUAACCGCAAGCCUGUUCCUGAUGAGCUGGUCAAGGACGUUGGCCUGUCCGGGUUGACCCCUGAAGAAGAAUAUUGGAACCGCGAAAAGAAAUUCUUUGCACAUGGAGCAGAUGUGCGGCGUUUCAGCAACAGUCUCAAAGGCGGUCUCGAGCCUCUGAAUGAUCCCUACUACGGGCGAAAGCCAGUCAGCAAGGCCGAGAUCGCCAACGUAGGCUUCACUGGCUUGAGCCCCGAAGAGGAAUACUGGAACCGCGAACGCAAGUAUAGCGCCACAGGCGUCGAUGUCAGGAAGUUUAGCACCAGUAAAAAGAGUGGAUUGGAACCUCAAGAUGACCCAUACUAUGGUCGCCGACGAGUCUCAGCCGCCGAGAUCGCCAACGUCGCCCCCCUUGACGCUCAUAUGACCCCGGCCGAACAAUACGAAGUCCGCGAGCGGAAGCAAUCCCUCUUCCAGCUCUCCUCUGACCCGUUCGAUAUCAUGGCCAACCGCAACCGCCAGUCCAUCUCCGGAGCGACCACAGGAGCCUCUACCGCGGCAACGCGACGCCGUAGCUCAGCCGUCGCUCCAGACGCCGCUGCGGCUGCUGCUUCGCAUAGCGGGUAUCACGGCGAGAAGCUGGCGCCCAUCGAGAGCCGACCGGAGGGACCACCUACAAGGAAUAGUGGACAUAGCUCGGAUACCUUGAGCAGAGACUCGAUUGACCCCGCGGAAGGAAGCCACGCGCGAGCCUAUGACGCCGUGACAGCGCAACAUGAUCACCCUGCUGACCCAGACAGCGUCGCGCCUCAUGAGACGCGAUGA